UUUUUUUUGCGCAAGAACCAUUUCGGAGUGUAUAGGUGAUGCUGCCGCGUUGUUCUUACGCGGUCUGAGAGUGUGUGAGUCUAGAACGAAAACAACGCGAUCUUGGUCCCCGCGGCUUCUCGAAUCCUUUUCGGUGUGUCCUGGAAGGACGAUUUCCCCGGAUACCCUUUCUCGUGUUCCGUGGAAUGGUUCUCGAGGAAAAUUCAGAUUUCCCACUACGCCCAGUGCUAGAGCAGGGUUAAAAUAAAGCAGCAAAAGUGAUUGUUUCAUCUCGUUCGCCUGAUACGUAUGGGUUGAUGUGUGUGUGUGCCUCCGGUUGAUUAAAUGUUUUGUAUAUUCCAAGGUGAUGCCGAAAGAGUGUUGAAAAGGGAAGAGAAAAUGAUGAAAAUUGGCUGAACCGGAAAAGGAAAAUCCUUUUGGCGUGCGUGCAAGUGUUGUGUGUGUGUGUUUGUGUCUUUGAAGUGAAACAAUCCAUCUCCAUCAAAGCAAGCGGAGGCCAGCGGUGGAAAGAUCGGCGCGAUUCUUGCGAUUUUCCUCGUUCGAUUGGAGUCGCGUGUCGUGAAUGAAAAGACCACCGGAACAAUGUAAACGCAACGCAAAGGAAAGUGAGUGAAGUCAGCAGAAUCCAAGCACAGAAUCAAGCAGAGAAUUGAGACUAGUGUCCAGUAUUGGUAGUGGCACGAUGGCACGGCUAUGCUGAGACAGCAGAGCGAGCGUGCGUUCUAUCGCGAGUGAUAAAAGUGAUAAGAGCGCGCUACAUUGCCGGUAUUAGCUUCAGGAGCAGAAGCGGCUGUCAACAGCAGAGUAUCAACCAUCCUCCACCAACACCACCUGCAGAUAGCAGGCAGACCGCAGAAGCCGUCGCCAUAAAACGGGACACCGCUUGGUGGCCACUUCUUUCGCGAGGAUCAGCAUCAGCAUACCGUCCGACGGGAUGGAGAAAUCGGCCUCAGCCCAUGCUCAGGCGGCAUCGGGUGCCGCCGGACCUAAGGUGUCGCAGAUAGCGAACCUGUUCCAGCGCAAACCGGUCGAGCACACGGGAGCACCGGAAGCGCAACCGAACCGAACGGCCGGCGCCGGUGGAGACGCGCUACCAGGUGGAGGACCGGCAGCACACCACUCACCGACCGCUACGGUCGUGCGAACGGAAUCGCACGCGGCCCGCUUCAACAACGCCCGCGCGCUGUUCGAAAAGUUGGGCGAGGGUCGCGUCAACCGGCCACCACCGUUCAGUAUUAAGAUGUCACAUUCCAGCAGCAAGGAGGACAAUCUGUCCGAUAUCGGCUCCGGUCCGGACCGAUCGCCUUCACCAAAGAGAAAGCAACAGCACCAGCAAGGUCAAGCCAUGCCGGCUAUUAGUAACGGGAUCGGGAAGCUCGAUUCGAACCGCAUCUUGAACCAAUCUCGUCUCAAGUCGGAAAAGCCCGAAAAGCCCGAAAAGCCAGAGCGCAAGUUCAAUUCGCGCGAGCUGAUCGAGAAGCAGAAGAACUGGACAUCGCACUUCUCCAAGACGCGCUCGAGCAAGGGUGCCGGUGGGGGUGAUUUCACCCGCUGUGACAUUAUCCGGACAGUGCCAGGCACGGGUAUCAUCGGUGGUAACAAUGCGGCUCAAUCCGCGGCCUCGCAUCCACCGGCCACGAACGGAACGUACGGAGGGGCCACCGUAGCAGCCAUACCGAACGGAAGCUCCAAGGAGAGUAGCCCGUAUGGGGGACCGAACGGUCACCCUCCAUUGCCCCCGUCCACAACGACGACAACGGUCAUUGGUGGGCAUCAUCGGUUACCGUCCCCGAGUGAACCACCGCCAAGUCCACCGAAAAGACAAACGCCACCACCGCCACCCCCAGAGAAGGGACCGCGGGCCCUACCGACGGCCAACCUGCGCCAGAGUUCAUUCCCCAGCCCAACCAAGACACCGCCAGCGGUUCCACCGCACGCCAUCGAUCCCAGUUCGCUCAGUCCGACUAAGAUCAGCCCGGAGAAGCUGAAACCACCGGUAAGACAGGCAGAACCACCACCACCGGCCGUUAGUGGCGGGCCACCGGUGGCCCCGGUGCGAAGCAGCACCACCAUGCUAACCACCAUCCAGCAUAACCACCAUCACCCGGUCGCUGCGGAACAGGCCCAGCCACCGGAGAAGCUGGCACGCAAGAAAUCCCUCGAGGGUAGUCUGGACGAACGGAGCACGGUGGCACCUCCCCCCUUAAAGUAUCCCGAACUGGGCGCUCUGGCUCGGCGUCAAUCAUCGGAAAGGGAUACCGGUUCCGGUGGGCUAACGUCACCGGCCCAUGCCAUCAGCUCAUCGCCCAGCCCGGGUGCUAGUGCUUCAUCCGGACCUUCCUCACCGAUACACACCGAGGACGAGAAACAGGAGAACGAAUCGACGGAGAAGUUGGUCCGUAAUGUCGGCAGCAUCGACGAGGACGUACCACCGGUGCCGGUAGUAGCGGUGGCCGAUUCCAAGCCGGUAGAGGAACUAAACGGAAAAUCCUCACGAUCAGAAGAUGAACAUUCCGGUGAGCAACAGCAUCCGCAGCAGCAACAGGGUGUUACACGCCGUCCAAAGGUCUCGAGCAUUUGCUUCGAGGUACCGGCGGCCGGGCUCGGUAACCGUCCGCCGAGCAUCAUCAGCAGCUCGACGACCACCGAUGAAGGUGGCUUCAACGAACCAUCGCCGGAAAUUAAGGCCAAGCUGAAGCCAGCGUACGAGUUCGAUCUGCCGCUACCGGCUUCGCCACCUCGCAAGCUACCGGUUGGCGAAGAUCGCUCACCGGUCUGCAGUCCGGCCACGGAAACGAAGCUAACCUACGCCGACCUUGGCUACCGGGUGCGUCCAGAUGGUACGGAGUGCGAUGAGAUCUACGGUGAGGUGGACGUGUAUCGAAGUGCCAACGUGAGCAGCAGCAGUAUUAGCAGUAAGCAGCACCAGCAGAAACCGAUACCUCCGUCGGCUGGUGUCUUCGCUUCCACGCGAUCUCAGUACAGUGCCGAGGAUGGUACGAAGGGCGGCCUGACCAAUGGACAGACCACCGGCCCACAGGUCGUCACAAAUGGAGAUGGAGCUGCUGGUGCCACCAUCGAGCGUGUGCUGUACGCAUCGAUCGUACCGACAGGACUCGGUGAUAACGGAUCCGCCUCGCUGACCGACACGAGCAGCGAACUGGCGUUCAUGGACGUAGAGAAAGAUGAGGCAAAGAUACUAGACUUUGACGAGCUGAGCGAGAUGGGCGAGAAGGGCUACCACAGUCCACAGACGCUGCUCGAUCCGACGCGGCCCACGCUGACAGCCCCCGAGCCGGAGGAUGAUUACAGUACGAAGACGCUACCAGAUCCACCAUCGCUGGCAUCGAUGCGACCGCCACCGAUUCCGGAAGGGCCUCCGUUGGAUCUGCAGGAUACGCUGCAGUACGCCGAUGCGAGUGACAACGAACCAGAUAGCUUGCUGCCGGACGAGAUGACGGCGGAUGAAGCCGAGCGGCUGCUUAGCUCAAGAAUAUUGGAGUACAAGAUCAGACAACGUCCGCUACUAUCGGAUGAGCAAGCGCAAGAGGUGGAACAAAUUUUGCUCAACAAUCAAGCCAAAGCCGAAACCGAGGGAUCCGAGCGGAUACCGGUUCCGAGACAGCAACAGUCAACAUCAAUCCCUUCAAAGCCAGUCAACACCACGGCAGCCACGACAACGGCGACCACGGAUGAACCGGAUUGGUUGAAGGAUGUACUUGAAGCACCCAAAAAUGGUAGUUCAUCGUCACCUUCAACGGCAGCGGCAUCUUCCAGUUCUACCGGUGGUCCGCAGAUGCGCGAUAAGCCACCACCAUUGCCACCUGGUCCACCGUGCAGCAGCCGGAACACUUCCAUCACUAGUCAGCCACCGGAAGAGUGCAGCAACAACACGACCUGCGAUCUGCUCAACCAAACCCUUCCACUCGACACAUCGUCCUCAAUGUUGGCAGAUUCGUACGUCGAUACGGGUGAUUCGAUACCGAGCGUAACGACCACCACCUCGGACAGUAUCAAUCUGAGCAAACUGGAGGAUUCAGCUGGUGAAGCAAACGGUAUUGGUGCAGCGGUAGCCACCACAGCAACGGUUGACGAUGAGGAUGAGGAGAAGGACACCUCAAGCAGUCGCCGUGGUGGUGGUGCUGGAAUAGCCGGAGGUGAGGGAGAAGCAGAUGUUUCGGCUGAUGAUGAGUCAAACAACUCGGCCAGUGGGUUCUACAUCCCUGAGUACCCGCCGGUACGGUGCCAGGAGGUAUACGUCAACCCGGACGGUGUGCAUUUCUUCGAGGACGGUAACUUCUGGAUGGAGGUACCGGGCUUGAUGGAGGCCGAUCGGGAACUGGACGAUGAAGAUCUGCGGGGGUACAUCAAGAAGAGCACGAAAGUGAAGUUCAGUACCAGCCCGAUGCAGGUAUUCUCGACCUUCUCGGUGAACGAUUACGAUCGGCGGAACGAGGAUGUCGAUCCCGUUGCCGCUUCGGCCGAGUACGAGCUAGAAAAGCGCGUCGAAAAGAUGGACGUCUUCCCGGUGGAACUGAUGAAGGGUCCGGAAGGCUUGGGCUUAAGCAUUAUUGGAAUGGGUGUCGGAGCCGAUGCUGGUUUAGAGAAACUGGGAAUAUUCGUGAAAACCAUUACCGAUAAUGGUGCUGCGGCACGUGACGGUAGAAUACAGGUGAAUGAUCAAAUCAUCGAGGUUGACGGCAAAAGUCUAGUCGGUGUUACGCAGGCGUACGCUGCGUCCGUCCUGCGCAACACCUCCGGUCUGGUGCGCUUCCAGAUUGGCCGGGAGCGCGAUCCGGAAAACUCCGAGGUAGCCCAGCUGAUCCGCCAGAGCUUGCAGGCGGACCGGGAAAAGGAGGAGCGCGUGAAACGCCAGCUCGAGGAUUACAUACGCCGAAAUGCGGAAAUCUCCGAGGACAGUACGCUGCCCGUGUCAGCCAAUUCUUCCGUUUCGGAGGGUCCGGUUAGUCCGACAACGAACGCCGCUGAAUCACUGUUCGAAACGGAGGCAGCUCGUAGCAGUGAUGUGGAGUCGCUACGUCGUAUCCUGCAGGAGAAUCUUAAAACCAUUGCACUGCAUGAGGGCGACAUUCUGAACCUGAAACAGCAGCUCAUCAAAUACCAGCAGACCUGUAACGAGGCAGAGCUGUUGAAUGAGCGCGUCAAGCAGACGGAGCGUGAGCUGGCCAACAUCAAAAAGGAGGCAAACAACUACCAGAAUAUGCUACAGCAGUCCCAGGCCCAGUAUCUAGUGCUGGAGAAAAAGUAUAGCCGCGUAAAGAAGAUUCUGCGUGAUUAUCAGCACCGCGAGCGAGAUAUGAUUCAAUUCCAAGAGUACUAUCUGCAGCAUCUGCAGGAGAAGGACACCGAGUACAAUGCGCUGGUGAAGAAGCUCAAAGACCGCGUGAUCAAUCUGGAGCAAGAACUGCAAGAAACGCAGCGCAAAGCCGGCUUUCCGGUGUUGCUACCGUACGAUAGUACUAGCCUGAAGCUGACGCCACAGAUGACACGCCGCCAGCCACCAAAACCCGUCUUCCAGAAGCUCGAAACCGAUCUGUCCGAUACCGAGUUCAGCGAUCUGUCGCCGGAUGGCGAAGGUGAAGAUGGUAAGACGGCUACAGUUGAGCGGAAACUACCAGUAGCGAAGGAGGACGAUCUGGAUGUGGCGUCCGUGCCGCAGCACGAGCUGUUGGACAAUUCGCUCAACAAGGGCAAAAGUGAUCUCGUAGCUAGAGGUGGUCUAGCGAAACGCAAUCUACCGGGUAAGCGCAGCCACAGCAACAGUGGUUCCGAUUGUGCGCUAGAUGAAAGCGAAGAUGAAGCACUGGUGACGGGAAGCAGUACCGUGGCAUCACAUGAGUACAGCGGGCUAUACAGCACACCACAGAUCGUCACGCGCAAGGUGGCAGUGGUCAAGAGUAACGAAGAUGCUGGACCACCGGUGUACGCCCAGGUGAAUAAGGAGCGUAGCUCGGGUGGUCACGGUGGCGCAGCAAGCAAUGAUCAUCAUCAGCAGCAACAGCAGCAGCACACGACGAUACCGAACAUCUACCGUUCGGCAGCCGGAUCGGACAAUGGCAAGCUGAAUUCAAGCUACGGUUCCGAUCUGAACGCUUCCUCGUACGACAGUGAUCUCGGAUCGUCUACUGAUAAGUUGAAGGACAGCGGUUUGUCAAGCGAUAGCUGGAUGUAUCCGAGCCGGCGGCCAAAGGGACUGAAGGGUAUAACACCACCGCUGCUGGCCGAGCAACUCAAGGAGCGGCUAGCUGAGCGGGAAGGAAGACGUGGUUCGGGUGGAGCGCUCAUCGAUGAUGGCUCAUCGCGUGACUCGAGCGACGACUACUCGGAGAUCAAUCAGCAGCGGCAUCUCAGUCCGGCCGCAUCGCUCUCCCAGAACCUGCUGGUGGAAAUCAAAAAGGCAGUCAACGAAGCACAACCGAAAGUGAAAAACAUUCUUCCACAAAAUUUAUCUCCUCCAGGAGGCAAUGGUCCUUGGCAGCAGCAGCAACCACAGCAGCAUCACCAACAGGGUCAAUCGAGUGGUCCGGCUGGUGCCGGUAGUCAGGGCCCUCCCUCUCCAUCGAGCGCUUCCAGUGGAUCGACGUCACCGGGCGCUUACUCGCCGAGCCGGACGCUCGAUCUAUCCGGAUCGACGUCCAGCUUUUCGAGUGAUCGCAUCCGUGACACGCACCAGUGGAAGAACGGACCGGUGGAGCAGUGGUCGAACGAACAGGUGUGCCAAUGGUUGCUCGGAAUUGGGCUGGAUCAUCACAUACCGGCGUUUAUGCAGCACUCGGUCGAGGGUGGUGCUCUGCUGCAGCUCGAUAAGCCCGAUUUCAAGAUUCUCGACGUCGGCGGCGACGAUAAGAAGCACCUAAAGCGCAACAUUAAGGAGCUGCGACGGUUGAACGAGAAGGAGCGCAAGCAGAACGAGAAGGAGCGACGCGAGCGCGAGAAGCAAGUUAAAAAAGCGGAAAAGAAGGCCGAAAAGGAGCAAAAGAAACGGCUACAGAAGUAAACCUCCUCCCCAAAUGCGCCCCGGGAUGGAUGGUGCAAAGCAUUUAGGCUGCAGAACAGCGCGAUGGCGAUCCCGAACGAUUCGCGAACGAAGAAUAGGUUCGCUUUUCCUUUAAGACAGGGAAACGUAACGUAGCUGAACGAGUUUAGCGACUAGAGAUUAACAGAAUUUAACUAUUUUUUAGCUGCUAUUCUAGUAGUUUCUUGAUUUGGGGUUCCAUUUUUCCCCAAUCAUUUCUUCCCUCAUAUUUUCUAAAUAUCGCGCCGGGGGAUUUGUGUUGUGUCACGAAAUGGAAACAGCUCACUCACCCUCCGGACACUACACUGUGUACAUGAACUCAUUCUAACGUUGUAAUUAUAAUUUCUCUCUUUUCCUUCCUCGCCCGCUUUCUACUGUACUACUCCUACGUUUUUGUGUGUUGGUAAAUAACUUAUUUAUUUAAACGUAAGCGUAAGCAUGUUCGACUCCCGAAUGUGCUAGUACGGUGUACGAGUGGCAACACUCGAUUGUGGAGGCUCGAUGGUGUGUGCUACGAAUGGCUCGACGAAUUCAUCUCCUCGAGCGACUGAUUCAAUCGCUAACACAGAACUGCAGAAUCGAGCAAAGGGAAAAGUGAAAGGAUUAGGGCGAUUCCUUAGCGAUAGCAGCUAAUUCAAAGGACAAAAACGAGAAAGUGGCCGAAGGGGUUGCAUUAGAAUAGGAAAAACAAAUCGCGAAUCACCCCCGUGGAGAGUGCAGUGAAAGUGUGAAUGUUCUUAGCGUAAGUGCGUAGUGUGAAGAGAAACAUUAUUAUUAGUUUCCUCUACCCAUAUGCCCUCAACAGUUGAGCGGCAGGAUCAGAAGCGAGAAGACGCUACCCAGGAUAUUGCUAGCGAAGUGUUGCUAAAUAAAGCGGACAAUGAAUUGUGA